UUUGUCAUUCAGGGCCACCGUACAUAGAAGUCCAACUUCAUAACUUACAAGAUCUGGAUCAGGAUCUGCUCUUAACAUUUUGGUGGCAGAUACAGUGGCACUCCCUCAGGGGUCUAGUGGAGUCCAUGCCUCUUCAGAUCAGCAGCAUCAGCAGCAUCGUAGCAGAAGGCCUUGAUUGUGCAAUUCUACAUCCAAGAUGAAAGAACUCCUGAAGUAAAAAAUGGGAGACUGGAACUUCCUUGGAGGGAUUUUGGAGGAGGUGCAUAUCCACUCCACCAUGGUGGGAAAGAUCUGGCUCACCAUCCUGUUCAUAUUCCGGAUGUUGGUGCUGGGUGUCGCAGCAGAGGACGUCUGGAACGACGAGCAGUCCGACUUUGUUUGCAACACAGACCAGCCUGGUUGCCGCAACGUAUGCUACGACGAGGCCUUCCCCAUCUCCCUCAUCCGCUACUGGGUGCUGCAGGUGAUAUUUGUCUCCUCCCCCUCCCUAGUGUACAUGGGACACGCCAUCUACCAGCUGCGAGCUCUGGAGAAGGAGCGCCACUGCAAGAAGGUGGCUCUCCGUCGGGAGCUGGAGGCCGUGGAUGUGGAACUGGUGGAAGCCAGGAGGAGGAUCGAGAAGGAGAUAAGGCAACUGGAGCAGGGGAGGCUCAACAAAGCUCCACUGAGGGGAUCUCUGUUGUGUACUUAUGUGGCCCACAUUGUCACCCGCUCUGUGGUGGAGGUCAGCUUCAUGAUUUGUCAGUAUGUGAUGUAUGGACAUCGUCUGAGUCCUCUUUACAAGUGUGCAAGGGAGCCCUGCCCGAAUGUGGUGGACUGCUUCGUCUCCAGGCCCACAGAGAAAACUGUUUUUAUGAUGUUCAUGCAAGCAAUCGCCUGUAUCUCGCUCUUCCUCAGCCUUCUGGAGAUUAUACACCUGGGAUUCAAGAAGAUCAAGAGGGGAAUCCUGGACUACUACCCCCACCUGAAGGACGAUCUUGAUGAUUUAUACGUCAACAAGUCUAAAAAGAAUUCAGUUGUGCAUCAGGUUGGUGUGGGCACAACUGUGAGUCGCAAGACCACAAUCCCCACAGCCCCAUGUGGAUACACGUUACUACUGGAGAAGCAGGGCAAUGGACCUAACUACCCUCUUCUCAAUGCCUCCUCUGCAUUCAUCCCAAUACAAGGAGACCCUGGAGCAAAACCAGAGAGCCACAAGGACAUCAAGGAGGGAGUGCCGAGCCCCACAGAGCAAAACAGCAACUCCAAUAACACCAGCAGCGACACGUAUUCUCCUCCUGCAGACAAACAGGACGAGCCAGAGGAACAGUCCCAACAUGAGGACAUGGACUGUGGGAGCUCCGAGUAUCCCACCCUCCCUGUAGCCGACACCUCCUCCUGUGCAGCUGGCUUUCCCAGGAAGUCCCGCAGGGUCAGUCCACCGUGGAACCACUCCACUCUGGUGGAGGGGAACGGCUCGGACAGCGGGGAUUCGUACCACGGGAGAGACAGUAUGAAGCUCCGGAGCAGCUGUGUCGGCCCUCGAGCAAGGGUUCUCUCUAAAUCAGACAUUAAGCGGCCUAGCAGGUCUCAGAGCCCGGACUCUGCAGGGGAGCUGAGUUCAGCGUCUCGACACAGCCGGGAAAGCAACAGCCCUACAACCUCCUCCCCAAACCGCAAAGUAUCGGCGGCGAGCAGCACCAGCAGCAGACGAGCUCCAACUGACCUGCAGAUAUAGACCGAAGACUGAGUGCUGACAGUGUGGCAGCAGAAACUCUCAAGGAGCUUUGUUUGGGUCGAACAUUUUAAGCUCUUUAAAAGACAAGGAAAUAAUCCCACAUGCCUUUGUUACUUACUGCAAUGACCCCAAAAGAGCAGCCUUUUUCAGCAAUCAAACAUCCACAUUUUCAUUAAACUGGUGUUCAGACCACAA